AUGAAGUGGGCUUUAGGUAAGCGUAAAGGUCAUGCGCCAUCGCAGAAUUACCUAAGGCAUCCAGGAGGCUGCGAGGUGUUGUUAGAGCAAGCUGGUGGUGAUGCGACAGAAGCAUUUGAAGAUGUCGGCCAUUCCACUGAUGCGCGUCAGAUGAGAGAGGAAUAUUUUGUAGGAGACCUUGUUAAGGCAAGUGUCUAUUGCAGAUAUUAG